UGAUGACGUCUGACAGCACCGGGGCAGCGCUUCUUGGUAACGGUGAAGCUAAGCUAACAGUGAGUUCGCUUCUCACGGGUUGUUGUUGUUCCUCCUCCGCUCGGCAGGGCUCCGCCUCGUUGUCUUCCCGGCGGCUUUGGUCAGUGACAGACGGACGCUCAGGUCAGACUUUCAACAUUAACCCUCCGGGAUGUCUUUCCUGGAGAAGCCGGCCCCCGGCAGGCUGCUACUGGACGACACCGUACCCCUGACGGCGGUGAUCGAAGCCAGCCAGAACCUACAGUCCCACACGGAGUACAUCAUCCGGGUCCAGAGGGGCGUGUCAUCAGACAACAGCUGGCAGGUGAUUCGCCGCUACAGUGACUUCGACGUUCUCAACAGCAGCCUGAUGGUGUGCGGUAUCAGUCUCCCUCUCCCUCCAAAGAAGCUGAUCGGAAACAUGGACAGGGAGUUCAUAGCGGAGAGGCAGAGAGGACUGCAGACCUAUCUGGACUCCAUUACCCAGCAUAACCUGCUUUCCAGCUCCCUGCCUGUCAAGAAGUUCCUAGACCCAAACAACUACUGUGCCAACUACACAGAGAUCGCGCUGCAGCAGGUCUCCAUGUUCUUCCGGUCCGACCUGAAGUGGGAGGUCCUGGAGCCUCUCAGAGACAUCGGCUGGAGGAUCAGGAAGAAAUAUUUUUUAAUCAAAAACAAAGAGCAGCCCAAAGAGAGGUAUCUGCUGAACUGGGUGGAUCUGGGUCCUGAUAAGUUCCUGUCUGACAAAGACCUGCAGUCGGCCAUGAAGCUACUAACAAACCUCUCUGUUCCAUAUCUCUGUCCGCUGUUGUUCUCCAGCACCAGUGAGUCUUCAGCUCUGCUCAUCCGGCCAUUCAGUGAGCGAGGCUCCCUGAGAGACCACAUCUGUAAGGUGAAGCCCAGAGAGAUUUACCUGAAGAAGUACUGUAACCCGAAGAAGAGCCAGGGCCUCGAACUGCUGCAGAUCAAACUGUAUGGCCGUCAGAUCCUGGAGGGGCUGAAGCUCCUCCAUGAUGGCGGCGUAUUUUACGGUCACCUGCACGCUUCCAACGUCAUCGUGGACGACGGCGUGUGUCGACUGAUGGACGUGGAGAAUGGCAUGCUGGGAGUUCCUUCACCGCUACGACCAAGCUUCACCCAGCUCAGGAAGAUCAACACCACAGAGAGCAUCGACGUCUUCUGCUUUGGACACUUACUGUACGAGAUGACAUACGGCCGACCGCCAGACAGCGUUCCCGUCGAUCAAUACCCCACUGUCCCCUACACAGCUGUGGUUUCAGUGCUGCGGUCCAUUCUGUCCACAGAAGCCUGUAAGAGUGGGAUGCCAAAGGUGUCGGAGCUCAUCCAGACAACGCUGUUCAGUGACGUCCAGCUCCAACACUCAGAAAAACUCCAGAUCAAGGUUUCCAGCAGGCUAAAGGAGGCGCUGAAGGGGGCAAAGGAGAGUCUGGAAAAGAGGCUGCAGGAGGAGCAGAGAGUGCUCCACCAGCACAGGAGGCUGACCAGAGCUCAGUCUCACCACGGCUCAGAGGAAGAGAAGAAGAGGAGGAAGAUUCUGGCGAGGAAGAAGUGCAGACAGUCAGCUUAUGAAAAUGAAGAAGACAUCUCUGUCAGAAACAACAAUAACUCUGGUUCUGGAGCCAGUUCCCCUCCGACAUGCCCCUCAUCUCCCACCCCCCCAUCCACCACAGGAGCCCAGACUGCCCCUCCCCCUCCUCCUGCUCCGCCUCCACCCCCUCCUAUGCUGGGCACCCCGUCCUGCCCCCCUCCUCCCCCUCUGUCCUCCUGUGAUGGAGCAGGGGGAGGUCGUGCCGCCUUGCUGAGCUCCAUCCAGACCUUCAGUAAGGGCAAACUGAAGAAGGCCGAUACCGCCGACCGCAGCAAGCCUGUCAUCUGACCCCGCCCACCGCCACUACCCGUCCUUGACCUGGGAACCAUCAUUGCGGCAACAUGACAACCCACUGGUUCUGUACUGCGGUCUGGAGCGGUUCAUGUUGUCGCUCCCUGAGAUGUGAAAACAAAUCACUAGCCAAAACAAAAAAAAAAA